AUGGAGAACCCAGUCAUCACUGAUAUUGACAGGCGAACCUGUACCCGCGUGGUCCCUAUGAAAGUGAUAUGCGCGGGGAUGCCUCGUACCGGAACACUCUCUCUUAGGACAGCCCUGAAAAUACUCGGUUUCGAAGACACAUACCAUAUGGUUUCCUGUGCCGUAGAGAACCAAAGGGAUUGCGAAAUGUGGAUCGAUGCUGCUCGUGCGAAAUUUGAAGGCGUCGGCAGCUUUGAAAAGAAGGAUUGGGACGCUCUACUGGGUCAUUGCCAGGCUACAACUGACGCUCCCGGUUGCGUCUUUAUUCCUGAACUCGUGGCGGCUUACCCGGACGCUAAGGUUGUGUUAAACAAGAGAGACGUUGAUAAAUGGUACAAUUCUGUUCUCGACACUAUUCACAAGGCCCAUAUUGCCAACAGGGAGCUGGGUAUCCAAGGGAAGCGAGUGGAGAUGCUCAAUCUACUAUGGGGCAAUUUGUUUCACGGCGAUUUCCGCAAGAAUGGAAAGGAGGUCUGGGAACAGCACUACCAGAUGGUCCGUGACUUAGUUCCAGCGGACAACUUACUCGAGUUCGAGGCGAAGGAUGGAUGGGAGCCUCUCUGCAAGUUCCUGGGCGUGCCUGUCCCUGAUGUUCCUUACCCGAGGGUGAACGAUACAAGUAACUUCUGGGAGAGGUAUGAGAAUGGAACCGGCGCAAGCUUGGAGAAAGUCAACGAGAUUGUAGCCAAGGUAGAGUGCAGCCGUGCUUAG